GGGAGUGAGGGAAGGAAGAGAGCGGGGGAGUGAGGGAAGGGAGACAAGGGAAAAAAGAGAAGCAGGACAGCUGAAGCCACGGAAUGAGCCGGUGGGAGCCAGGGCUGGAUGCGGAUUGCCAACGCAGGCAGUAGGUGACUGAGAUGGGCGUUCGUCUAGGCCUCUUGAGCGACUCCCCGUGGUGGUGGCCGCUACUGCUGCUGUUGCUGCUCUGCACUGCCCCCUGGUGCCAAGGUCGGCCUUUCGCAACGCCCUUGCCAGCAGUCAACGUGGCGGUGGUGUUCAGUGGCUCGGCCUACCAGCAGGAGAUUAAGGGGCGUCUCAGCAGGGAGAACUUCAUGGACCUGCCCUUGGAGGUGAAUCCCAUCACAGUGCUGGUAAACAACACCAACCCUCGGGCCCUGCUCACACGCAUCUGUGACACACUGGCGGCCAACCGCGUACAUGGUGUGGUGUUUGAGGACAACAUCGGCUCGGAAGCCGUGGCACAGAUCCUGGACUUCAUUGCCCUGCAGACGGCCGUGCCCAUCGUGGGCAUCAGCGGGGGCUCCGCCAUGGUCCUGCCACACAAGGGCGACGGCUCCACAUUCCUCCAGCUGGGCUCCUCCAUCGAGCAGCAGAUAAACGGCAUGUUCAAGGUGAUGGAGGAGUACAACUGGGACAGCUUCGUGGUCAUCACCAGCCUGUACCCGGGCUACGAGGUCUACGUGGACUAUGUCAAGACCUUCACUGACACCAGCUACUUCAUGUGGGAACUGCAGGACGUGCUGACCUUCGACAUGUCUGCCGACGGCAUGAACGACAUCCGGGCACGGCGCCUGCUGCAGCAGAUCGACGCCCAGGUAUUGCUGGUAUACUGCUCCCACGAGGAGGCCCAGUACCUUUUCAGUAUGGCCGGAGAGGCCGGCCUGCUGGGGCCUGGCUACAUCUGGAUCCUCCCCAGCCUUGCCGUGGGGAACCCAGACAUGCCCCCACCAAACAGCUUCCCUGUGGGCCUCAUUAGCAUCAUCACCGACCGCUGGCGGAUGAGCCUGAGGAAGAGGGUGCGGGAUGGGGUGGCCAUCGUGGUCAAAGGGGUGCAGAGCUUCCACAAACAGAGGGGCUUCAUCCCCGAGGGCCACAACGACUGUCACAGCCCUGUUAGGGCAUCUUCUAAUGAUACACUGUUCAGGCACAUGUUAAACGUAACAUGGGAACACAACGACUUCUCGUUCAACCCUGAAGGGUAUCUGAUCAACCCAGCUAUGGUCAUCAUCACCUUAGAUCGAGAGAGACAGUGGGAUAAGGUGGGUAAUUAUGAGAUGGGGAUCCUGCAGAUGAGAUACCCGGUGUGGCCUCGAUACGGCACCUAUCUGGAGCCCGUAUCAGAUAACAGACACUUGACUGUGGCCACGCUGGAGGAACGUCCCUUUGUCAUAGUGGAGGCUGUCGACCCCAUGACUGGGACCUGUGUCAGCAACACUGUGCCCUGCCGCCGCCAGUCCAACAAGACAGAGACUAUUGUAGGUCAUACUGAGCCCUACACCAAACUGUGCUGUAAGGGUUUCUGCAUAGACAUCCUGAAGAAGCUGUCCCGCACCACCAAAUUCUCAUACGACCUCUACCUGGUCACCAACGGGAAGCACGGCAAGCUGGUCAGAGGCAGUUGGAACGGCAUGAUCGGAGAGGUGGUAUACAAGCGGGCGGACAUGGCCAUUGGCUCGCUGACCAUAAACGAAGAGCGCUCAGAAAUUAUCGACUUCUCCGUGCCGUUUGUGGAGACGGGGAUCAGUGUGAUGGUCGCCAGGAGCAAUGGGACCGUCUCACCCUCUGCCUUUCUUGAGCCCUACAGUCCGGCGGUGUGGGUGAUGAUGUUUGUGAUGUGCUUAACGGUGGUAGCUGUCACAGUGUUUAUCUUUGAGUACUGCAGCCCUGUGGGGUACAACCGGAGUCUGGUGAGCGCCAAGGGUGAGUGUCAGCUCCGACCACCUUUCCCUCUACCUCUACCCUCCCGUAUCAGCAAAGGUAGAAAGUCACGCAAAAAUCCCGGAGGCCCCACCUUCACUAUUGGGAAGUCUGUGUGGCUGCUGUGGGGCAUCGUCUUCAACAACUCUGUUCCAAUUGAGAACCCCAAGGGCACCACCAGCAAGGUCAUGGUCCUGGUAUGGGCCUUCUUCGCUGUCAUCUUCCUGGCUUCCUACACUGCCAACCUGGCAGCCUUCAUGAUCCAGGAGCAAUACACUGACACAGUCUCUGGACUGAGUGACAAAAAGUUCCAGAAGCCACAGGAGCAGUAUCCACCGUUUCGUUUUGGUACGGUCCCAAAUGGAAGCACAGAGAGGAACAUCCGGAGCAACUACCCUGAGAUGCAUGCCCACAUGGUCAAAUACAACCAGAAGGGUGUGGAGGACGCCCUCAACAGCCUCAAAUCAGGGAAACUGGAUGCCUUCAUCUAUGACGCUGCUGUGCUGAACUACAUGGCAGGUAAAGACGAGGGCUGUAAGCUGGUGACCAUCGGCAGUGGGAAGGUCUUUGCCACCACGGGCUACGGCAUCGCCUUGCAGAAGGAGUCCCGAUGGAAACGUCCUAUAGACCUGGCCCUGCUCCAGUUCCUAGCGGAUGGUGACACACAGAAGCUGCAGACGGUGUGGCUCACAGGGAUCUGUCGUAACGAGAAGAAGGAGGUGAUGAGCAGUAAGCUGGACAUUGAUAACAUGGCGGGCGUCUUCUACAUGCUGCUGGUGGCCAUGGGGCUCAGUCUCCUGGUGUUCAGCUGGGAACAUCUGCUCUACUGGAAGCUGAGACACUCUGUACGCAAGUCUGAACGCCUCGACUUCCUGCUCGCUAUCAGCAGGGGAAUCUACAGCUGCUUCAACGGUGUGGAGGACUCUGACCGCAACGGAAACCUGCAGAACCCUGACGUCACCACCAACUACAACCAGGCCAACAUGCUGAAGAUGCUGCAGACAGCCAAGGACAUCGUGACCUCGACCAGAGUGGAGAACUCCCUGGACAAUGCCACCAAGACCAUAGAGAACUGGAGCCGGCGAGGAGCCGACAAUGUGCGGGUUGGCCUGCCGCCUCGGGUGGCAACCACUAUAGACAUGGGCCACAGCCGCCUGCCCUACAUCUCCAGCAUCACGGACAACCACUCGCCCUACCCCCAGAGGGCGCUCGCUUCCACAUUCCCAAUCCACUACUCGGACAGCGCCACCCAGCCCCUGCUGGACAAAUCCAGGGUGGUGACGCGGCCUACCCCACUACGCUACACCCUUCCGGCCCGUGGCAGCCACCACUUCUAUGAGAGGACCCUACCCAUCUCCAGCCUUAGCAGCCCCCACAUCGCCAUGAGGGACCCUUCUCCCCCUAGCACCUCCAGUCACAACCCACACCCCCACCACAGGCUGUAUGUUGAGACCCAGCACCGGCACCCCACCUCCCCGUUUGUCCCUUACAGAGAGUUCCAGGUGCCUGACAUCUAUGUGGAACACCACAAGGGGCCCCUGGGACGGAAGUUCAGCUACCCCCCUGACCACAUGGGCAGGAAGAAGAGGUCCCACAGCUACGUGUUUUCUGAGGCCCAAGACACCAGGGGGAGGAACGACUAUGAUGAGCCAACCUCCUGUCUGGCUGAGCUGAGGGCCAACCACCUCCUGAACAACCACGCCCCUUCUGCAUCAACCAUGGCCUGCAUGGGGGGCCACUACCCCAGCGGCAGCGCCAGCUGCAACUCCUGCAUGAAGCCCUACCUGGAGCCUGAAAUGGAGGAUGUGCCCUUGCUGGGGAAGGACAAGGUCAACCGCCGGGCCUCUUUUCUCAAGGCCACCUGGAGCAGUGACAGGAUCCGCCAGCUGGGCGAGAAGCCAUCCACCUCCACUAUGCCUGACCUGUUCCCCCGCGUAGUGGUGGCCAACCCCAAGCCCCACAAGCUGUAUGGCAGCCAGGGGAACAACCUGUGCUACCCCCUGGCCGCUGAGCCUGCCUACCUAGACCCGGCUCAUAUGCGUUCCUACCCCUACAAGCAGCAUAAGCUCAAGUGCUCCCAGUCCACCCGGCUACCAUCCUACAGGGAGGCUAUCCUGCAGAACGCAGCCGCCUUGCGGCGCUCUUCCUCCACUGUGGUGCACAGACACUACUCCACCUACCUGAACUCCUACACAGACCUGCCUGUAUACGUGGGGCCACUGCCCCAGGGGCCCGGGCAGUUCUACGACAAGAACAUGUGCCACUUAUUCCCCUGUGCAAGCCACUGCCCUAACAACAAUGCCCUGGUGCCCCGUAUGGGGGACCGGCAGGUGGUGUACCAGAACAAUAUGUUUGGGGGCUACGAGGGCACGGUGGGACGGCCGCGGGAGGAGCCCCCCCUGCCCGGGUCUGGGAGCAGGGAUCGGAGGGAGGUCCUGGUGGCCAGAAGAGUCAACAGUCCGUAUGUGCCAAAGACCUGGGGCAGGGUAUCCAGUCUGGAGUCUGAGGUCUGAGCUCCAAGCCCCUCCAUACCUUCAGGCUGAUGGACUAUCCCUCCCACUGGGGAGGGGAAAGCCUACCUGGAGCCUCCCCCUCAGCCUUUGGUUUAGGCAAAAAUGAAUGAAUUAGCUACCAAUAAUAUCCUUGGCUGAUGGAAGGAAGUAUAGGACAUUGAAAGGCUGUUACUGCUGGGACAUUGUCAAGUAAACAUUAAGCGAUAAGAAAAGAAAAGACAAUGUUGAAUAGUAUUUAAUACCUUCAAAUUUAACCUGUUGAUUGUUAUUUAAAACAUUUUUAAAUGCUGUCUUGCUGUGAGAGAGAGAGAGAGACCUGGAUGACAAUACACUGUAGCCGCUCACUCAGUUUAGACACAUUUAACUUUUCUCUUCAAUCAUUUUGGUAUCCUUCCAUUUAAAUUUAGACACAUAUAAAAAGGGAAUAAUAAUUUUGUUAUCAAACCACAGAAAUGUCUUCCACGACUUUUGUAAGUCCAGGAGCUCUAGGGAAAGCUGUCUGUUUAAGGCUUUUUGGCUCCGGUGGUCACUGAUGUAAUUUAACUUGGAUUUUAAAAGGGAACAUUUUUAAUUAUCAUCUGUAUUUCCAUUGUUACUCUACUCUUUAAUAAAUGACAAGGCCCCUUCAAGGCCCUUUUGGAA